AUAAGCUUUCCCGGUGUGUACAUGUGUGGUACAAACAGUACCAGUACCCGCGACUGUUGACGCGUAGUAAAAAGUGCAGUGGUCAAAUGAACUGUGAUUGUUGCAAGGAACUGCUAGAAAUACCUGCAUUGUGACUGUGUAUCCGGAGUGUCCUUGGAGAUGGUUAUCCUCACCAGCAGUCGCACGGACAUGGCAGAGGGUGGAGUGGCGACUCCCGACUGGGACAUAAACGACGCGGUGGUACCACGCGUGGCCGCCUUCGACACCUUCGGGGAGUGGUGUGAUGGCCACGUCCGACGAGUGUACCCGCCCGGCUGUGAAGAAGCACGCCGCCAUGCCUCGGGCUGGGCUAUGCGCAACACGAACAAUCACAAUGUUCACAUUCUCAAGAAGAGCUGUCUAGGAGUCCUUGUAUGCUCCCAGCGCUGCCGCCUCCCCGAUGGCUCCAGAGUACAUCUUCGACCCGCUAUUUGUGACAAAGCCCGCAAAAAACAGCAGGGCAAGCCUUGUCCGAACCGCCUAUGUAACGGAGGCCGAUUAGAAGUACUGCCUUGUCGAGGACAUUGCGGCUACCCAGUUACCCACUUCUGGCGCCACACAGAUCAUGCGAUCUUUUUCCAAGCCAAGGGGGCGCACGACCAUCCGCGCCCGGAGGCCAAAGGAGCCAGUGAAGUGCGACGGUCACUGGGAGCCGGGAGACGUGUGAGAGGAUUAGCGUUACUACUGGCGAGAGAAGCAGCCAUAGCAGAUAAGAUAUUGACAGUAAAGCCCGACAAACAGACACACAAAGUGUGCAACCCACAUCCACAACCCCCACCGCUAAUACCGGAUAACCAAAGAGCAGUCCAACUGACGUGCACUUGUGGCCCAUUCGAGUGCUCAUGUCGGUGGCGGCCCGAGCAGCCCGCCGAGCCGUACGCGACGGCGGCGUGGUCCCCGGCGGAGCCCCAGUACGCGGGGUACGCCCCGCCCGCGCACCCCGCGCCGCCCGCACCCGCGCUGCACACACAACAACACUACGAUCCAACCGCAUUGCCCGCUGACGACAUUUUCCACCCAGAAGAGAUUUUUCAGUUGGACCAGCCGAUUAGACUUGACUUUCCUCUCGAAGAGCACACGCUAGAGUCACCGCCGACGUUCGCAGAUCUCAAUGGGGAAAUCUCGAGGCCUGAAGAUACUUACUGGAUGGAUUGGCAGCGACCUGCAGGUAGUUCGGAAUCGAGUCAGACGCCUUCACCCGAGCUUUUUGGAGGAUAUCCGCAGACGGAGUUCUGCGAGCAGGGUUAUAUCCCCCAAGCGUAUUACCCUGAGGGAGCUCAGUACUACCCGACAGAGAGAACGCCGCCAGUGAUGGAGACACAGGACCAAAGAUAUUACCGCUACGGACAGGACUGCGCACAGACCAACGUACCAGACCUGCAGUCCUGGAAUUACACAGACUGCGCUUUCACGACUAACGACAUGUCUGAAUGUAAACAGUACUUUGAUGCUCAACAGCAUCAAGCUAUAAACGGAUUUAGCGGACUCUUAUAA